GCUACAAAUCAGCGAAUCUCUGCUACAAAUCUGGUCGCCGGAGCUCGAAUAUUCAACGUCCAACGUCAGACCAACUUCACCGCGGUCUGUUACAUAAUCUUUUUUCUCGUUUCAAAACGUCUCCUCGGGAGCUCUUGAACGCUGCCCGUUGAGUCACGCUGCCAACACUGAACAGUGAUUGGCUGGUUCAGUGUAAACACCCGCGAUGGCGACCGCCUCGCGCUGCUCUCGUGGGAAGUACAGCUGAAGCAGUUAGCCAGAGCUCUGUGAAAAUGACAUGUGUUCAUGUGUAUCUGCCGCUAUGUUUGUUUUUAGUAUCGUUACGCCAAACACUCGGGGCUGAAGUCGCUUUGUGGAAUAUACAAAUCGACGCUAAUUCGCCAAAAAAUGCCAUUUUUCGUAAGACUUUGUAUUCCAACACCACUAUCUUCAUGAAGUUUGAUGGAGAUUUGGCAGCAUGUAACCAGAAAAAAAUGACUUUUAAUGUUAGUUGGUAUCUGCGCUCAUCUUUCUGCUACAAUGAAGUAUUCAGCACCCCUGACAGUGCAGCAGAGGCCAUGUUUGGUUUGGAUCACAUGCUAAAGGAUGACUGGAGCGGCUUCUAUAGCCAAGGCUACAUCUACUUUGACAACUGUUCUGCUCUCUUCACCCCUAAGAUUUAUUAUAAAGAAUUUCAGCCAUUUCUGUCUCUCAGUCCUCAAGGUGGCAAGAAUAUAAACCAAACCAGAAAUAUAUGGGAAGAAAAACCAUAUAUAAAUGCAGUUGCCAGAUCAUGGUCAGACAGUCCCUACAUGUUUAUUGUGAGGCUCCAAACACAACAACAUCCAGAGGCCAGUAGAGGGCGCAGAGAGACGGGGGUACAGGAUGCAACCAGCGAGUCUAAGGACCAUUUAUUUAUUACAAUGACUGUGGAAAUGAAGGGUUCUCACGAGUACUCCUCACCUGCUGACUGGCCUUUAAUGAUGUUCUUUAUGACUAUGUGCAUCGUGUAUGUGUUUUUCGGAGCUCUGUGGCUUCUCUGGCUAGCCUGUUAUUGGCGUGACCUUCUCAGGAUCCAGUUUUGGAUUGGCGCUGUAAUCAUCUUGGGCAUGUUGGAGAAGGCAGUGUUUUACUCUGAGUAUCAAAGCAUCAGAUACAACGGCGCUUACAACCAGAGUGCUGUUAUCUUUGCUGAACUGCUGUCUGCACUGAAAAGAUCCCUAGCUCGGAUCCUCCUGAUCAUAGUCAGUCUGGGUUAUGGUAUUGUAAAACCCAGGUUAGGGACAACAGUACCGAGGCUGGUGGCUGUAGGGUUGAUUUAUCUGAUCUUUUCUUCUGUUGAGGGCGUCCUCAGGGUAACUGGGAGUUUCUAUGGCACAGUCGCUCUUAUUGCCAGUCUUACUCUCUCUCUCACUGAUUCCUGUGUCAUAUGGUGGGUUUUUAUCAGUCUGUCUCAAACGAUUCGGCUCCUGAAGCUGCGCAGAAAUGUGGUGAAGCUCUCAUUAUACCGGCACUUCACCAACACACUCAUCUUCUCUGUUCUGGCUUCAAUCAUAUUCCUCAUAUGGACAACCAGACAAUUCAAGUUUGUGGACUGUCAGUCAGGCUGGAGAGACCUGUGGGUGGAUGAUGCUUUCUGGAGGCUGCUCUUCUCCACCAUCCUGCUAGUCAUCAUGGUGCUGCUUCGACCCUCUGUCAAUAGUCAAAGAUUUUCUCAUUCUUCACUUAUUGAUGAUGAUGAUGACGAUGAUGAUGAUGAAGAGGCCAAGGAACCUAUGCUAGAUGAAGCCUUUGAGGGAAUGAAAAUGAGAGGAGCAAAGUCUGAUGCAAACAGCAGUCAGAAAGCAAGCAAAGAGAGCUGCCAAGAUGAAGACCUAAAAUGGGUUGAAGAGAACAUUCCUACGAGUGUAGUUGAUGUAGCUUUACCUGUGAUGUUGGAUGACGAAGAGGAACUUCUCAAAACCAAGAUUGAGAGGUCCAAAAUGGAAUAGAACAGUAGCAAAAGAAACAUUAUUGGUAUUUCAUCAGCAUAGCUAAGAACUUUUAUCAAAAAUAUAAAAUGUGAUUUAAUUAAGACCAAUGACUAUAAACAAAUAUUUAUAUUUUAUUUAUAUGAGGGCAAAAAAGUGGAAACAGGUCUUAAACCAAGCUGUGGAACUUAAAAUAAAGGUUCUGGAAAUUCUGAUUAAUAAUUUGUAAUUUUGCCAUUUACAUUGUGCAUCUUUAGACAUGCACUGAUGGUUUAACUGGGACAUUAUUAGAAAAUUUGUCUUUUACUGAUCACCUUUAUGCCCAUGAGUGCUCAGUUAUGAAGGAUGCUAUUAAUAACUGUUGAACCUGCUCCUAUGACACUGUCCUCAUAGUGAAAUAUUUUGCUCCUUUUUCAUAUUUUACCUCUCACUCAGGCAUAUACAUGUACUUCAAAGCUGAAGUGUCGCAGUUAAUACAGCUAAUGGAAAUACUACUGAUAGUAACAACAAAUUGCAAUAAUUAAUUAGAGAUUAAAGAAGUUUAUUUGAAAAAAUAUUUAUUAUUAUUAUUAUUAUUAUUAUUAUUGUAGUAAUCUACUAGAGAUAGGUUUCCUACAUGGGCAAGAAUAGCACAAAGUACUUAAAAUAAUAUGACUUCUGUUGGACUCCGUAGCUAGCAACACUCCACUUAUAUGUUCAUAGAUGAGUUUAAAUCUUGUAUGAGUUUAAAAAGUGCACAAGAUGCUCACGAAUUGCCUUCCAUGUUUAGCUGCAGUUCAGGUAAUCUGAAAUGGCAGCUGAUAAUGCCGAUUAAGCUGGUUAUUAAUUUAGCAACAAACAAAAAAAAAGCUUAUAUAGAGAUAUUUUUUACACAACUGAAGACCAUUGUUUUGUGUUAUUUGUCUAUAUGGACUUUUUUAUAUUUGUAUUGCCUUAACUGCAAACAGGUGACAAAUGAAAGUACAAUAAUAAACAACAUUAUUGGUCUUACCGUUCUUACGUGUGAACAUAUUGUCCACUAACUUUCUCAGUUAUCCAAAGAACAGCUGGAAACCCUAUUGGCUGAUGUGUUUUAGAUACUGUGGAUCUAAAUGCAGAUGUUUGUGACUGUAAGAUUGUGUAACCUGUACUUCAAUAUUGAAUCUUCUUAAAAUGUCUAAGUUUGACUUUUUUUCUUGCCAUGUUGAUUUAAACUUAAGGUGAGUUUGGCAUACUCAGCACUUUUUACAUGCCACAAAGCAGGGUAACAUGUAAAAAAAAACA